AUGUCUGUCCAGACUAAUGGAGUCAAAAGCGACAUCAAACAAUGGUAUCCUUCGAGAAUUCUAGACAAAAAUGGAGGAGAUAAAAAGUUCUGCUUGAUCGUGUUGAAUCAGCCCAUUGUACAUUUAGAGGCAUUCGAUCGCUUAUGGUCGAAUGCUUCCUACAAGUUUUUUGCGGAUGGUGGAGCCAAUAGAGUCUUUGAUACGUUCAAGCACGAUAAAGCAUUAUUAGAAAGAUAUACUCCAACUGAAAUUCGAGGCGAUUUAGACUCCCUUCGUCCUGAAGUUCGGGAGUAUUAUGAAUCUAAAAAUAUAAAAAUUACUAGAGUGACAUGUCAAGAUACCACAGAUUUUCAAAAAUGUGUAGCUCUAAUGCAUGAGAAAGAAGAAAAAGAUGGUCAAAUUUAUGAUCUUGUUGCUGUGCCUGCCCUUGGAGGAAGAUUCGACCAAACAAUAUCCAACAUUAAUAUGCUAUUUCAACUAAGAGAUGAUACAGACAGAAGGGUCAUUCUAAUCAGUGAUGAGAAUCUUACUAUGUUAUUGGAUAAGGGAACGCAUCACAUCCACUGUCAGCUGGACUUGGAAGGCCCGACGUGCGGUAUUUUGCCCAUGGGAACGUCAGUUACAUUGACCACUAAAGGAUUAAAAUGGGAUAUGGAUCAAUUGUACUGUUCGUUUGGUGGCAUAAUAAGCUCUUCUAAUAGUGUUGUAAAUGAUCUAGUAGAAGUCACUGCAGAUGCUCCUGCCGUGUGGACGAUUGAACUUAACCUUCCAAAGUAA